GCUGUAGUAAGGGGGCGGAGCCCGGAAGGGUUCAGGAUGGCGGCGCUGCACAGUGACAGCGAGGAGGACCUGGUCAGCUAUGGGACGGGCCUGGAGCCUCUGGAAGAAGGUGAAAGACCAAAGAAACCAAUUCCUCUUCAGGAUCAGACUGUCAGAGAUGAGAAGGGAAGGUAUAAACGAUUUCAUGGAGCUUUUAGUGGAGGUUUCUCUGCUGGAUACUUCAAUACUGUGGGCUCAAAAGAAGGAUGGACACCCUCUACCUUUGUGUCUUCACGACAGAACAGAGCAGACAAAUCUGUUCUUGGUCCUGAAGAUUUUAUGGAUGAAGAGGAUCUUAGUGAAUUUGGGAUUGCACCUAAGGCUAUUGUUACCACAGAUGAUUUUGCUUCCAAAACCAAGGAUAGAAUACGAGAAAAGGCCAGACAGUUGGCAGCUGCCACUGCCCCAAUUCCUGGAGCCACUCUGCUCGAUGACUUCAUAACACCAGCCAAAUUAUCCAUUGGUUUUGAAUUGCUAAGAAAAAUGGGUUGGAAGGAGGGACAAGGAAUUGGUCCUCGAACAAAGAGAAGGGCACAGCGACAAAAACCUGAUCCCGGAGUAAAAAUCUAUGGCUGUGCAUUACCCCCUGGAGGCUCUGAAGGAUCAGAGGAUGAAGAUGACGACUACUUGCCAGAUAACGUGACCUUUGCACCCAAAGACGUCACCCCCGUGGAUUUCACACCUAAGACUAACACGCACGGACUGGAGUACAAGGGCCUGGAUCCCCACCGAGCCCUGUUUGGAACUUCAGCCGAACAUCUGAAUCUUUUCAGUGGAGGAUCCGAGGGAGCCAGCGAUCUUCUUGGAGAUGUUGGACUAAAUAGAGGAAGAAAAUUGGGAAUUUCAGGCCAGGCUUUUGGUGUCGGUGCCCUGGAAGAGGAAGAUGAUGAUAUUUAUGCCACAGAAAUACUGUCCAAGUAUGACACGGUUCUGAAGGAUGAGGAGCCUGGAGAUGGACUCUAUGGCUGGACGGCACCCAGGGAAUAUAAAAGUCAGAAAGAAUCCAAGAAUGAUCUUCGAUAUAUUGGCAAAAUUUUGGAUGGAUUUUCCUUGGCUUCUAAACCUUUAUCAUCUAAAAAAAUUUAUCCACCCCCCGAGUUGCCGAGAGACUAUCGACCGGUGCAUUAUUUCCGACCCGUGGUUGCCGCCACCUCGGAGAACUCGCAUUUACUUCGGGCGUUAGCAGAGUCCACCACAAAGGCAGUGCCUGACCCAGCGAUGCACAGUCGGCACCAACUGAAUGCCUCCAAGAGGGGGGAGUUGCUAGGGGAGACGCCAGUCCAAGGUUCAGCGACUUCAGUGUUAGAGUUUCUGUCCCAAAAAGACAGAGAGAGAAUCAAAGAAAUGAAGCAGGCAACUGACCUGAAAGCAGCGCAGCUCCAGGCCAGGAGUCUGGCGCAGAACGCAGCAAGCAGCAGAGCCAGGCCCUCCAUGCCGGACCCCGGACACGGCUCUUGGCGCACGGCCCUGGCCGGCGGGACAGCCACUGCGAGACCCAGCACCUUCAAACCUUUUGCUAAAGAUCCAGAGAAGCAAAAGCGAUACGAAGAGUUCUUAGUACAGAUGAAAAAGGGUCAAAAAGAUGCCCUGGAGCGCUGUCUGGACCCCGGCAUGACCGAGUGGGAGCGUGGCCGCGAGCGGGAAGAGUUCUCGCGGGCAGCCCAGCUGUACAUGUCCUCCCAUUCGACCCUCUCCUCCAGGUUCACGCACGCCAAGGAGGAAGACGAUUCCGAUCAAGUCGAAGUCCCGCGAGACCAAGAGAAUGAUGUCAGUGAUAAGCAGUCGGCUGUGAAGAUGAAGAUGUUCGGGAAGCUAACCCGAGACACAUUUGAGUGGCAUCCUAGCAAGCUUCUGUGUAAGAGGUUCAAUGUCCCCGACCCCUAUCCAGGUUCCACUUUAGUGGGCUUGCCAAGAGUGAAGCGUGACAAAUACUCCGUCUUCAACUUUCUGACCCUUCCGGAGACUGAGCCCACAGUGCAAGCAUCAAGUGAAAAAGUCCCACAGCCCCGCAGCUUGGACAAGUCAAGGAAACCAUCCAGAUGGGAUACAUCUCCACAUGAGAAGAAAGAAGAUUCCAUUAGUGAAUUUUUAAGUUUGACUAGAUCAAAAGUUGGCCCUCCGAAGCAAGAGUCCAGUCCCUCAGUAAAGCAAGGAGAGGAGCAUGCGCCGGGAUCACUCUCCGAGAAGGCAGCAGACAAAGGUGUGACGUCCCAGGCUGAGGGGGAAGGCAGCCGCCCACCCAUGGACCUGUUCAAGGCCAUCUUCGCCAGCUCCUCGGAGUCCUCCUCGUCGGAGGAGGAAGGGGACAGUGAGGACGAGCAGGCGGGCCCGGAGCAGGCCAGCUGCACAGGCUCCCAAGGCUCUGCCUCGGCGGAAACUUCGUCUGUGGCACACGCCCCUGAGUCUGCACCUCCUGAGCCCAUCCCGGCACCUGCCUUCCCGAUACAGAAGAUGCAGCUGGAUGAACGGGAGGAGUUCGGCCCGAGGCUGCCCCCUGUCUUCUGCCCGAAUGCUCGUCAGAAACCUGAGACACCCCAAAAAGAGAAAUAUAAAAAGAGCAAAGAAAAACACAAGCCCAAGAAAGAGCACAAACGAAAGAAAGACAAGGCUGAAACGCCUCCCGCUAAAGAGGCAGUGACGAAUCCCGCCCAGCCUGCCCCAGAAUCAGCUCUGCUCUCUAGUGACUGCUCUGACUGUUCAGUUAACACUUUGUACAGAUUGUAUUUAUAUGUAAAUUGCUGCUGUAAAAUAUUUUUUAAAACCUUGACACUUGAAAGGUUUCAGAAAUUGAUUUCUACUUUUAAUUCCAGUUAGUGUCUGAGGGAGAAAUUCAGACUAAACAGUCUAAUUCAAGCGCAUUUUUUCUCUUUUCUUCCUGACGCCUUUAACCUCUUAGCAGGGGCCGCCCAGUCUUGCGGAUGGGUCCAGUCUUUCCUCCGCCUGUGCACGCCUACUUCCCAGCAAAGAUGGCCUGGUAUCCCACCGUGAGGCUGCGCGAGUCCGGGACCUUCCUGUGCCCAGCACCAUUUGCACAUUUGUCAUUUG